AUGCGCUCUGGUCGUGCAGCUUGGAUUGGAUUAAAUACAGCCUCAUAUAUAUGUGAAUUGGUAUUUUUGGGUUUGGCAAUUGCAGUACAAAUAUCACCAGAUUGGGCUGUUUACGAUGUUUCAUACAUUGGUGUCGUCAAUGAUUAUAAUCAAUUAAGUCGCUAUCGUGGAUUAUGGAAGCAAUGUAUUACUAAUCAAAUAGUAAGUUCACCAUACAAUGGUCAAUGUUAUGCUCUGGAAACUAGUACAGAAUCUGGCAGCUACAAUGGUAAUGUUCAACCAAUAUUAUCAAUGAGAACAGCUAUAAACGCACUGCAAAUCAUUACAAUCAUAUUGGUUUUCAUCAUCAUCGUUAUAACGUGUGUCUUCAUAAUCGUGACAUGGAAGAAACCAGAGAAAUUCAAACCACGAACAGCUCAAUAUACAGCUUUGGGUGGAGGUGCCGCAUUAUGGCUUACAGGUUUAAUUUAUUUCAUCAGUCUUCUAAUAUAUUACGAAGAUAUGACACAAGAAAAUUAUCGACUAGAUACUAAGCUAACAUCAGCCAGAUCUGCAUGGACAACGAUUGUUCGUGAUAAUACGGUAUAUUCACCUGGUGGUAUGAUACCAAUGGCUUGGUCAGCUUGUAUACUUAUUUAUGCUGGCAGUAUUUUACAACUGAUAGCAAGUACUCUACAGCAACCUCCAGUUCGAGAGGGGUAUGGAUUGUAA